AUGGACAAGGAGAGCUCGAUCCAUAAACGAAUCCCAACUCACAUCACGAUGGACAAAUGCCCACAAAUUCGACGAACAUCAUCAUCGUCGUUGGCGUCGGAGAAGAGGUCAUUUACGAGGCGCCGGGGGCGGAGGCUGUCGACGGCGGGUGUUGCCAGCGGCGGGUGGCGGGUGAAGCCGGUGAAGAACCCGAGGAUGACCCAUAUUGUCGUCGAGAGGAACCGCUGGAGGCAGAUGAAUGAUUACCUGGUUGUGCUCCGUAAAACUUGCGGUGACUGCCGCCGCCACUUCAGCCUUCCGAUCUUCUGCCAGCGUUCUCCGGAACACUCCCGCGAGACGCGUCUAACGAAGCGGCGGGAUGUGCUUAUUACUCCAUUCAUUGCCGCCGGAGCAUACGCUCUCCGAUCGGCGGUGGCCAGGGCGGAGGAGCGACCGGAGACGGAAAGCCAUAUGGAGGCUCGUCAAGCUCCUGAGCAGUCAGCUCUGAGUUCUGAUGGCGCGGCGGAAUCGCCAGAGGCGGCCAAGGAGGAGGUGGUAAAUUCGAGGAUCUAUGACGCCACGGCGAUAGGAGAGCCGAUGGCGCUGGGGAAGGACAAAAGUAAGGUUUGGGAGAAGAUGAUGGAUGCGCGGAUUGUGUACUUAGGGGAGGCAGAGCAGGUUCCUAUUCCAGAUGAUAAAGAUUUGGAGCUUGAGAUUGUGAGGAAUUUGAGGAAGAGAUGUGUGAACGCUAAGCGGCACUUGUCUUUGGCUAUGGAGGCAUUUCCCUGUGAUUUGCAGGAACAGCUUAACCGGUUUAUGGAUAGAAGGAUCGACGGAGAGGCACUCAAGUCUUGUGUAACAUAUUGGUCAUCUCAGCGCUGGCAAGAGUAUGAGCCUCUAUUAACUUACUGCCGCGAUUUUGGGAUACGAUUGGUUGCAUGUGGUGUCCCACUUGAGGUCCUACGCACAGUUCAAGCUGAAGGAGUUCAUGGGCUCUCAAAAGCUGAUCGUAGGAAAUAUGCUCCUCCAGCUGGUUCAGGCUUCAUCUCUGGAUUCCCUUCUAUCUCCAGGAGAUCAUCAAUUGAAUUAAAUUUUACCAGUCAACCUUCUUCUUACGGUCCAACUUCAUACCUUUCAAUUCAAGCAAAAGCAGUUGAGGACUACACGAUGUCACAGGUCAUUUUACAAGCAUUGGUGGAUGGUGGAUCGACAGGCAUGCUGGUAGUAGUUACAGGCGCUAGUCAUGUCACUUACGGGUCAAGAGGAACUGGAUUGCCUGCAAGAAUUUCAAGGAAAAUGCAAAAGAAAAAUCAAGUGGUAGUAUUACUUGACCCUGAAAGGCAAUACAUAAGGCGGGAGGGUGAAGUACCCGUAGCAGAUUUCUUGUGGUAUUCUGCAGCCAGGCCGUGCAGUAGAAACUGUUUCGACCGUGCUGAAAUUGCUCGAGUUAUGAAUGCAGCAGGAAGAACGAGAGAAGCUUUACCACAGGACAUUCAGACUGGACUAGAUCUCGGUCUUGUAUCACCAGAAGUAUUACAGAAUUUCUUUGAUUUGGAGCAGUAUCCCAUCAUAUCCGAAUUGACUCACCGUUUCCAGGGUUUCAGGGAAAGGUUACUGGCAGAUCCUAAAUUUCUCAAUAGAUUGGCUAUAGAAGAGGCUAUAUCAAUUACAACUACCCUCUUAGCUCAGUAUGAGAGGCGGAAAGAGAAUUUCUUCGAAGAGCUCGAUUAUGUUGCAACAGAUACAUUAAGAGGAAUAGUUGUCGACUUCUUCACCGUGUGGCUUCCGGCCCCGACGUUGUCUUUCCUCCCGACUGUUAAUGAUGUUAAUGCCCCUGACAGCUUGGAAGCGGUCAAAUGCCUUUUGGGAUCCAUUCCAGACAAUGCAUUCCAGAAAAAUCUUGCAGGGAAAGACUGGAAUGUCAAUCAUAGAAUCGCAUCAGUGCUUGUUGGUGGUUUCAAACUGGCAAGUGUUGGAUUCAUAUCUAGCAUUGGGGCUGUGGCUUCAUCUAAUAUUCUCAACACCCUUCGGAAAUUUCUUAAUCCAAACAUGAAGCAAUUGAAUAAACGAUCGCCUAUACUGAAAACAGCCUUUGUUUAUAGCACCUUUCUUGGAACAUCAGCAAAUCUGCGCUAUCAGGUUAUUGCUGGAAUAGUGGAGCACCGGAUUUCAGAACAGAUUGACCAGGAAUUGCUUGUAAAUUUGAUAUCUUUUGUGGCUCGAACAAUAAACUCUUAUUGGGGAACCCAGCAAUGGAUUGAUCUUGCACGGUAUACAGGACUUCAGGCUCGUAAGAGUGAAGAAAUAUCAUUAGAGUCACCAGAUACUUCAAAAUCUGCAGCACUAAAUUGCAACAUUCUAGAAGAUACCAACAUUGAUGAAAGCAACAACAGCUAG